UGAAUCCCACAUGCAAAGUCGAUAUCAACAGACCAGAGUGCCAGAAAUGGAUGGUCGAAGUAUACGCCAAAUGUCGGGAUCUCUUCAGCACGGAAUCGUUGCCCAUGUGGUGGGUGAACGAUACCCCUGCUGUAUAUAAGGCGGAUGUUCAGGCCAUGACCGUUGCAGACUGCCAUCGGCUGAAAAGGGAAUUGGCCAACGAAGUGGCCGAAGAGGAUGAGGAGCUAGAGCUGGAUAAUAUUGGCCUGGGAAGAAUGGUGGCCCUCUUCCUGGCCUGCGGAGCAAUCCUAAUGCUCUCCAUUCUGUUGUGUGGAAUGAAGCGCCAAAGCACAAGAUCUGUUGCGGCAACCAAGGUCGAGGCCACCAAGGUCGAACCACAAGAAGAUCCACCUGGUUUAAGCUCUAAAAAAAAGAAAAAUAGGACCGCUCACUGCAAAAGCUGGAUGCGCCGCAGCUGUCGACGCUUCUUCCUGCACAACGAAUCCCAAAUAAGGCAGUCCAAGGCCAAUGCUGAAAGGGAGGUGGCCAUCCAAAAUGAACGCACCCGGCAAAAUAUCGCAAUGUGGACAAGCGCUCGGGAGCGGGAUGCCCAAAAGAAAAGGGAAAAGCUUCAACGAAGUAUGGAAAAGGCCUCGAGAAAGAAACGAAUGGCACAAUAA